GUGGUUUUGGAGGGGUUGGGAAGAGGCUGGACCUGGCUGGCUUCGCCCUGCUGCUCUCCUUCCUCCUGAGGCGCCUGGUGACGCUGAUCUCGGCGCAGGCUGCCCUGGGCGCCUCCAGCCAGGCGUUCCGCAAGCAGGCCGAGGGCGCCAGCCAGGCCGCGCGGCAGUACCUGGAGGACAACGACGCCCUCAGGAAGGUACAGAGGGCCCAAAAACACCCGAAAACACCUGAAAAUAAUUCCAAAAGCACCUGAAAACACCCGAAAAUA